AUGGGCCGCUCAAAGUCUGUCCGCCCUCUGCUCGCCUGCGCGCCCCGGCUUUCGCCACCUGUCAAACGCGAGGGGGUGGGCCUAGGCCGCCUCCGAGAUCCCGAACUGCCCCGACCGCCGGUGACAACGGUUCCAAACUCCGGGACCGCCUCUGCCACCCCGGGCCGGGCGCGGCCCAGCCGAGGCGGCCACCUCCAGGCCCCCUGCGCCCCGAAGACGCGGGGGAAGGGGCGCCGGGGGCCGCGUCCCCACGUGGCGGGGCGUGGGGCGGCGCACGUGGGGUCCCCUCGGCGUCGGGAACCCGGGGUCGGCCUCAGGGCUUUGUCUGCAAUCCCGGCCGUGGUCCCGCACCCUGAGAGGGCGACGGCGCCCGCCGGGGCUGCGGCGGCCGCGUCCCCCGCCAGCGGCCCAGCUCCCGCCAGCUCACCUGGGCUCCACGCCGCCGCCGCCACCGCCUCCCGCGCUCUGCGUCCCCGGCUCGGCUCCGCUCUGCUCGGCGCGGCCGCGCGCUCCUCUCCGCGGCCCCGACGGGCGCGCGAGGGGCGGGAAGGGAGGAGCCGGCGGGUCCCGGCUCGGGCGCGACGCGGCCGCGGGCUGCGCGGAGAUUGGCUGCGGCCUCUGGAAACCCCGGCGCGGAGCCACCCGCGCCCGCCGCGCGCCCCCGAGGGCUCGGCCGCGCGCCGAGGAGAGGAGGGAGGCGGGAGCCUGAGGAGGCGAAAGUAG